UUUCAGGCGCUAAUGGAUAAAGACUUUAAAUCAGGCGCCGUUGUGUGGGCUAAAAUGAAAGGAUUCCCACCAUGGCCAGCAAUGAUAAUGCAACCAUCAGAGAAAAUGGAAGGUAUACCCGCUGGUCGUUAUUCAGUACUCUUCUAUGGUACGCAUGAAACAGCAAUAAUGAAGAAAAGUGAUUUAUUUGAUUACCAUGCUUAUCGUAAUGAAUAUGAGGUACAGCGGAAGAUUAAGGGAUUUGCCGAAGCUUUGCAAGAAGCACGCGAAGCUGCUGGUUGCAUGGAAUCCAGUUUGGCGACACCAAAGACUUCUGAAGUAUGUUUAUCUGCUGCCGUCGAAAAAUCUCCAGGAUUAUGUGACGCUAAUUCUUUAUCAGGCACCAGAGUUAGCGGUGGAAAUAGAUGUCGGAGGAAAUCGAGUCGAUCCGAUACCAGUGAGAGCCUAUUGGAAAAUCUUUUAUCAAGUCCAACCACAUCAUCCCCUCUUCCAACCAGAAUGCGGACGCCAUCUCUUUCGCCAAUUAAAGACAACACUGAAAUAAGAAGUGAACGGAGGCGUCUGGGAAGCUUUACGUCCAUCUCAAGUCGUAAUAAAACGAACUCAUUUUCCCAGUCAUUUGAUAUAGACUUGGGCGAAGAUCCGAUGUUGCCGAUUUUAAGUGAAGGUACUUGUAAUUUUCUUCUCGAUGGGAUUGGUGCAGACAUUGAUGAAAUUUCAAGAUCAUCAAUGAAAAGUGGCAUUAAGUGUCCCAAGUCCGUUAUUGGUGAUUAUUUAUCAUCUGGGAAACUACGUGAACGCUUCAACAGCGUAUCUUCAGGACGCACAAGAUUAUGUUCGGGUAUGUCAGAUGGUUUCGAUGAUUUGUUCGGAUCAUCACCGCUCUUCAGCCCUACAGACCCACUAUCAUCGUUGUCAUUUAACGAUAUUUUGGGCGCAUCUGAUGAUCACCCUUUAGCAGGUUUUGAUGAACAGAAUUUUGAAUUCCACCAACAGAAUCCUGUCCAGAAGAACUGCUCAAGCUGUGGUUACCAUUGCAUUCUAUAUGGUCUUAAGUGGAGAUGUGGAAAUACGAAUUGCUUGAAAUGGAACGAAAUUUAUGAACCGUCAAUUUCUGAAAUGAGUAACCAAUUACCUAGUUUUGUAAAAGAGAAUCCUGACGAUGUUAAAACUGAUCUUAUAACAUUGAAUGUUUCCCCAAGUGCUAAGCUACAUGAUAGCACUUUAGACAGUAUUCAUGACCCGAUCAUUUCAAAUAUUAUACCUGAUUGCUUACCACCAGAUUCAUUCUCUAAUAUUUUUGCGCAAACAUCACUGCCAUCUGUAACAAAAGUUGAAAACGAAUCCAAUCAAGUUCAAGGAUAUUCCCAGUGUACUGCGCAGAAAGGUGUUUUUUCAACUUCAGUACAGUCUUCACUUUCUUCUCAGAGUCAGAAUGGGCCAAUUCCAAACAGUCAGAAUGUUGCUUCCAGGAGAACUGGGAGUGGGCGUCCCAAAUUUUACAAAGUGGAAAAAACGCCUUUAGUUGCGGAAGAUGGUUGCAGACACUGUUUUCACUGCAACGGACAAGUAAGGCCACAGAUGUGUGGCGGCAACAGACACAGAUGGCGUUGCGUUGAUAAGAAGUGUCGUAAAUGGUAUGGUUGGGUCAGGAGUCAUGAAGAGAUACCUAAGGAUUUGGGCAAGAAAGGAAGAUGGAAAGACCUUAUCAAAAUCCGAAGGAAAUCACCAUCAGUUAGUGAAACUGAAGGCGAACAGAGUGAGUCAAUUAGAAAGACUGCGAGGAAAAAUACGAGGCAAUCAGGUAAUCGUACUCGGUCCUCGGGGGUUGUGCAGUUGAGGAGUUGUAUGGAACGGCGAGUACGAUGGUGGACAAAUGAAAAAAGGGAAAGUGGACUGUCUCCAGAGAGAGAAUUCCCAGGUGAUCCGCUAGAUGCAGCCGCCGUGUGCAUUACAGUAUCGAAAUCGAUGACUUCAGCUGCUAGCACACGGACCGAUGAACCGGGUACAGUGGAUGGAUCGUUGGAUUUGUUAAUGGAUACGCUAUUCAGCUUAUUGGCGCCACUCUUAGCGCUAACGAAGCAGGUGCCUAGUGUUUUGGAUCGAGAAACAGAAAAGAAACUUUGGGAAGCAUGUGCUAUGCAUACACCAAGAUUUGCAUAGCUGAAAUUCCUAGUUUUUUCGAAGUUGUUAAAGUUAGUCAGUUUUCUAAUUUUGGUUAAUAAUACAUAGGCUUGAUGUUGGAAUGUUGCACCCGCCUACAUUUUUUAAAUGCAGAAGCUCAUCGUAGCUGUGGAAUCAGUGUAUUAUAGUAGCUUAAGAAAUCAUAGAAAUCUAAAAGAUUGUAGUACUCCAAAUACCUAGCAUUCUACUUGGCUAUACUGUCGC